CUGCAACCGUGUGGAAGUGUUCGGAAUACCAUGGGUGUGAACCACAUGCCUAAGAGCCUCCGAACCCUCUCCGGGCCUCACACCUUCACAAAGAACAUUCCCUGCCCAACCGCAUCUUACAACAACACGAGGCAAUCACAACACCGAAUAUGGCCCAAUCGACCGCCCACCGGCGCCUCCUUCAAGAAUACCGCGCGCUGACCAACAACCCGCCCGAGGGCAUCACGGCGGGGCCCGUCUCGGAGGACGACCUCUUACAUUGGGAAGCCCUGAUCCAGGGGCCCGAGGGCACGCCCUUCGAGGGCGGCGUCUUCCCUGCCGAGCUGCGCUUCCCCAAGGAUUACCCGCUGGCGCCGCCGACGAUGAAGUUUCUGGGCGAGAUCUGGCACCCCAAUGUCUACCCCAGCGGCCUGGUCUGCAUCUCGAUCCUGCACCCGCCCGGGGACGACCCGAACCACUACGAGCACGCGUCCGAGCGCUGGUCGCCGAUCCAGUCGGUCGAGAAGAUCCUCAUCUCUGUUAUGAGCAUGCUGGCGGAGCCCAACGAUGAGAGCCCGGCCAACGUGGAGGCGGCCAAGAUGUGGCGCGAGCGGAGGGACGAGUACGAGAAGAAGGUCCGCGACGGCGUCCGGAGGAUGUUGGGCCUGUGAUGAGGGGCCUGCGAGAGCGGUGGCGGCUUGGCGCAUACGGAAUGAUUCACGUAACUAACUAGAGUCUGGGCUACUUUGCAUGGCGCGGUAGGGGAGGUAUGGGAUUUUGCAUUUGUGAAUAAGCGAUGGGGGAACAAUGGUAUAUUCUUU